CUCUGGUUGCAAAGAAAAUGCUUUGCAAGACUCCAGGGCUGCCUAGGAGAAGCGGCAUGGCCUCGGGCAUGACCAUCACCUUAGCCCUUGCAAUCUUUACCUGGGAUAUCAAUGCACAGAUCCCAGAACCCACUCCCAGAGCCAGCAGUAAUGGAUGGAUUCUCUUUUUAGGCCUUGGGUUUCUCUGGCCCCUAUUUUCUUUAUUCCUCACUGAACAACUCUCCUUCAAGAAUCCAUGGCACUAGAAUGAUUCCACUAAAAAGCAAAGAACUGUGUCUGCAAAGUCUCCUUUGCUGGCAAAGAGCAAGCACAAGACUCUCUCUUACCCAUAGACUGCAGAAUGAGCCCAUGGAGCACAUGGUCAGAGUGUGAUCCUUGCCUCAAACAAAGGUUUCGCUCAAGAAGCAUUGUAGCCUUCGGACAGUUUAAUGGGAAAAGCUGUGUUGAUGCUUUGGGAGACAGACAAUAUUGUGAACCUACCCAGGAGUGUGAAGAGGUACAGGAAGACUGUGGGGAUAACUUUCAGUGUGAAACAGGCAGGUGCAUAAAGAAGAAACUUCUGUGUAAUGGUGACAAUGACUGUGGAGAUUAUUCUGAUGAGAAUGACUGUGACGGUGACCCACGCCUUCCAUGCCGUGACCGAGUGGUGGAAGAAUCAGAGCUGGGACGAACAGCAGGCUAUGGGAUCAACAUCUUAGGGAUGGAUCCCCUGAACACACCUUUUGACAAUGAGUUCUACAACGGGUUCUGUGACCGGAUACGGGAUGGAAACACUUUGACAUACUAUCGCAAACCUUGGAACGUAGCUUUUCUGGCCUAUGAAACCAAGGCUGAUAAAAAUUUCAGAACUGAGAAUUAUGAAGAACAGAUUGAAAUAUUCAAAACCAUCAUCAGAGAGAGGACCUCGAGGUUUAAUGCAAAUUUAGCUCUAAAAUUUUCAGUCACCGAAGCACCUAUAAAAGGAGUUGAGGAAGUCUUCCCAACAAAAAACAACUCUUCAAAACCCAAAGAUUCUUCAGCUAAUCUUCAAUUUUCAUAUUUCAAGAGCGAAAAUUUUCAACGACUAUCAUCUUAUUUUUCACAGACGAAAAAGAUGUUUUUGCAUGUGAGAGGAGUGAUUCAACUGGGGAGAUUUGCAAUGAGGAAUCGGGACUUUGUGUUGACGACAACUUUCCUGGAUGAUAUAAAAGCUUUACCAACCUCCUAUGAAAAGGGAGAAUAUUUUGGAUUUUUGGAAACCUAUGGGACUCACUACAGUAGCUCCGGGUCCCUGGGAGGACUCUAUGAAAUGAUCUAUGUCUUGGAUAAAGUUGCCAUGAAAGAGAAAGGUGUUGACCUGAAUGAUGUAAAGCGGUGUCUUGGGUUUCAACUGGAUGUAUCUCUACAUAUUCCUCUACAUGCCAGCUUAGAAGGACCAUCAUUCACAGCAGGUGUUAAUCAGAAUAAUUGCAUAAAGACAGGUGGUGGGAAAACUGUAAACAUCACCCGUGAUAACAUCAUAGAUGACGUUAUUUCAUUCAUAAGAGGAGGGACCAGGAAGCAAGCAAUUCUCCUGAAAGAGAAGCUUCUCAGAGGAGCCAAGACAAUUGAUCCAACUGACUUUGCCAACUGGGCCUCAUCCUUGGAUGAUGCUCCAGCUCUCAUUACUCAAAAACUGUCCCCUAUAUAUAAUCUCAUUCCUUUGAAAAUAAAAGAUGCAUACACAAAGAAGCAAAAUUUGGAAAAGGCUGUUGAAGACUAUAUGGAUGAAUUCAGUGCUAAAAAGUGUUACCCAUGUCAAAACGGAGGUACAGCAAUUCUUCUGGAUGGACAUUGCCUGUGCUCCUGCCCAAUCACGUUUAAGGGGAUCGCCUGUGAAAUCAGUAAACAAAAACAGCCUUGAGGAAACAAAGCAAACCCUGGUUCACAUGGAAGGGGAAAAAAAAAGGACAAAAAAAAUCCCAGGACUUUCCAACUUAGGAUCCUACCCUGGAGCGAAUCCUUACUGCCAAGUGGAAAGCAGCUUGCUUCAUGGAAAUCCUACCAACCUCUGAUGCUGUCUCUGUUUUAGGUCUCCAGUGCCUUUCUUCCCUCUUUAAUGCCUAUAAUGCUUCCAUUUUUUAUUCCCUAAUGAAGAGUCAGCAGUGAGAUAUGCCAGGGCUGCCUUUUCCCACAGGCAAUGCCAAUCUCUUGCUAAUAAAACAAAAUUAAAUUAAAAACAGAAUGCAGUGCUAAAAGGCUUUAAGUAAUUGCCAAGCUGCUUUGUAUGAUUAAUAUAUUCCACCCGUUCCAUUA